CUUCCCACUUGCUCCACUUGACCAAACCACAAAUAAGACACACAAAAAAAAAACUCAUUUUAACUCACUAAUUUACUAAUUAACUUAUCUUAGUGCUAAUCAGUGCUGUCUUAUCUUGUCAAUAAACAAACAUUAAUCUUAAUUCAUUUCAUCACUAUAUAAACCCCAUCUCAUUCUUUCCACACUCAACCCUCAUUAAUUAAUUAAAAAGAAAAAAAUGGAAAAUAUUACUAAUAUUCCUAAAUUGCAUGUUAGAAAUUUAGUUAGAAGGAGUUCAAGACAUUCAACAAAAUAUCAUGGUGUAAGAAGAAGGCCAUGGGGUAGAUAUGCUGCUGAGAUUAGAAAUCCAAAUACAAAACAAAGGCAUUGGCUUGGUACAUUCGAUACUGCUGAAGAAGCUGCUCUAGCUUAUGAUAUUUCUUCUAUUAAUUUUUGUGGUAUCGAAAAUGCACGUACUAAUUUUGUCUAUCCUUUUUCGUCUUUUCCUUCACCUUAUAAUAAUUCUCCGGCACCACCACCUCAACCACUACCACCACCACCACCGUCAAUGCCGGAGUUGGAAGUGGUUGAAAACAAUUGCAUGAAGAUUGAGAUGAAUGAUGAUAUUAAUGAUGAUGAUGAGUCUCUUGUUAUUGCUUCUAUUUUACAAAGUUUUCGUUAUACAAACACAUUAGAUAAGCUGUCUCUUUGAGGAUAUCUAAGAUAUCAUAUCUUCAACA